CUGCUGUGUGUUGUGUGUUGUGUGUUGUUUGUUGUGCGACAGUCUAAUGUGAAGUCUCCCGUGAAGAGACGAUCGGGGAUUUUUCCUCGUCUGCUGAGCGUCGACAGCCAAACAGAGAAACACAACCAGAGGAGUCUCCUCGGCGAGCAGAGGAGCUUCGACGGCUGCCAGCCGACUCUGGAGGUGAGGUCGGAGCUGCCGUCCAAUCCCAGCUCUCCAGAGGCGGGACAACGGGACAGGAUUCACUUGAAGAAGGAGAGCAGUAAAAUCUCCAGAUCGACCUCCAGCACCUGCAGCUUCAGCAUCGCCGCUGACGAAACACACCUGCUCGCCCAGGCCGCCACGGGCGAAGGUCAAAGUUCAGCUCCGCUCAUCGUCUGUCGCAGCCCAACAGGUCCAACACACACACACACACACACACUAACACACUAACACACGCACACACACACUCACACACA